UCGCGGCGAGCUCCGGGCGCGGAGCGCUCCGUGGGAUGGGGCUCGGAGAGGCGCCCGGCGUCGCCUCCUCGCUCUCGGGCUGCGGGAGCCCCCACGCAGCGCAGGGCAGUUGAAUCCCGCCCGCGGUGGAGAGAAGGAGCGGGACGCGAUUUUGUUGCUGCAUUCCCAGAAACGUCGCUUCCACCUGCGAGCGAGUUUGAGCAGCCGGCUGUGGAUUUUAUAUUUGCUUCUCCGCAAACCGAGGUUAGCCGGGAGGCUUUGGCUUUUUGGGAAGGAGCCCUGCCCCGGCCCGCUGUGUGCGAUGGAUUGAGGCGUGCCCGGCUGCGCCCCCAGCCAGGUCCCCGCCCGCAGCCCACAUCGAUGCGAUGGAAAGUCGGGGGCUGUUCUGCACCCUUUGUUACCUGAUGUUCAACGCUCCUCUGCUGUUCAUUGUCACCGCUACCUUUACUGAAGUUCCCAAAGAUGUGACUGUUAGGGAGGGAGAUGAUAUUGAGAUGCCUUGUGCUUUCCGAGCCAGCGGAUCCACCUCUUACUCCUUGGAAAUCCAGUGGUGGUACCUUAAAGAACCAGCCAGAGAACUUGCACACGAAUUAGCCAUCAGUGUCCCCGGCAGCAGGAGCAAGGUAGCAAAUAAGGAUGCAACCAAAAUCAGCACGGUCCGCGUCCAGGGCAACGACAUCUCGCACCGGCUGCGCCUGUCGGGCGUGCGGCGGCAGGACGAGGGCGUCUACCAGUGCCGCGUGUCGGACUACAGCGACGACGAGACGCAGGAGCACAAGGCUCAGGCGCUGCUGCGCGUCCUGUCCCGCUUCGCCCCUCCCGACGUGCAGGCGGCCGAGGCGGUGUCGCACAUCCAGAGCGGGGCGGCCCCGCGCCGCCACGGCCCCGCCGCCCGCCCCACGGCCCCGCCCGGCCCCGCCAAGCGCCCGCCGCCGCCGCCGGCCCCCGCCCCGGGCGGCACCGCCGCCAGCACCGCCGCCACCGCCACCGCCUCGACGGCGGCCGCCGCAGCCUCCUCGGCCUCGCCGCCGCCCGGGCAGGCCGCCAUCCUCCGCCAGCAGCACGGGUCAGGUACAGGACCUAUUAAUGCUACAGACCCACUCCUAUACAUGUCCCUGUUAAUACUGCAUAAGCUUGUACAUUUAUUAGUAAACCACUGACGGACUGCUCCCUCCACUCCUCCUCAGCCAAACAGAAAGGAACCUAUUUAAUAACAAACAAAACCCCUGAGAAAGAAAUCCCUACCGUUUCAAAGAUGGACAGAAAGAGACUGAAAGAAGCAUGAUAAAUUCUACAUGGGGGGAAAAACAUAUUUUUGGGGAUGCCACAAGAAAGUAAACCACAUAGAAUAAUGCAUCUAGUUUCCAGACUCUAUGGUGUAAAGCCCUGCUCUGUGCAUGGCACUUAUGAUUUCUCUAUUUUAAUGUAAUAUUUUUUCUUUUCUAAACCUUUCCUCUGACUCUUCAUUUUGCACGAACUGUUGAGCAGUUAUCUUUAUG